ACAAGUCAAUGCAGUCUAAAAAUAUGAAAUUAAAUUAAUUAAUUUUCCUCAUUCCUCGUUCUCGUUCAUAAAUAAUUGUUUUUUAUGUACGUAAAAAAUGUCCUAAAUAUUCACAAACAUCAAGAAUUUAAUAAGAAGUCUGAUAAGAAAAAAAACGUGCUAUCUAUACACGAAAAGUGGCUAAUAUAAAUUUAUUGGUGCUACCUGUGAUUGCACCGCUUUGAAUAUUUAGCUACAACUAUGUUUGACAACUACGGCAACCAACAGAGUCCACAAGCCCCUCCACCACCAGAAGUGAAAGUGCUGAGGUUUGACAAGAACUAUGUCAAAACACUACCUGGUGUACUUAAACUAAUUCAAGUGAUAUGCAACCUAGUCGGGUUCAUCUGCAUAAAGGUGUCAUGGGUGUGGUUAUCAGCUAUAUUCUUCAACAUACUGUACUGGUUUGCGAACGUCGUAACCCUGCUGCUACUGCUCAUGUACACAUUCCACUUUGUGGAGAAGUAUGACCGAUGGCCGUGGCUAAAGCUGGAGUUCUUCUACUGCUGUGUAGUGGUACUAGCCUACAUAUGCUUCUCAAUAUUUGCAACGGCGAUCGGUGAAAGCGUUGGAUAUGCAGUUGGGUUCUUCGGGUUGUGUGCCAUCAUUGCAUAUGGUUUGGAUGGCUACUUAAAAUACAGGGGUUGGAGAAGAGGCCUGCCGCCCCAAUAGCCGUCUCAUAACUGUUAGUAUAUUUAAGUUAAGACUGAAUAGUACAGUUCAGUUUUACUAUGUAGACUGAUAUCAGAUUGAUGUACACUGACGUCACAGCAUAAUAUUGUAAUUAAGAAGUAUUUGUUUACGCUUUUUAUUGAGAAGAGGGUCUUCA